AUGUCGUACGCCAAAGCCGCCGCUCAGAAUGCCAACCAGACCCCGGAGGAAGUGAGUAUCCUAUAUCUACGAGCUCCUCAACCUCCACAAGUGAAGAGAGAUGACAACAAUGUCUCGCCUCUCGUGGACGUCGAUUCGCCACACGUUUCUACUGUCCCAUCAGACUUCAAUUCACAAGAGAUAAAAACAAAGACGCAAGAAGCCCGCAUUGAGCUCGAGAAAGAACAAGAAGAGCUGAAGAAGAAGUAUAAAGAGGGCAAGCAGAAGGCCAAAGAGACCGCUAAGGAAGUCAGCGAGCGCGCUCAGGAGGCUGCUGCGGGAGGAUACGACAAGUUCGAUCGUAACAAGUCUAAUCCUGUCGUUGUUGGAAACAUGGUUCUUCUCACCGCUGCCAGUGCUGGAUUGGCGUAUGGUGCAUACCAGAAGCAUCUUCGUGGAGCAUUGACGUGGGAGUUGGUUGCUGCAUGGACCGGUGGCAUUGGCGCUCUAGGCCUCUUUGACUACUACGUCAGCAGGUGGUUCUUCCAGAACAAGUAUCCCCCAAAAUAA